AUGUCAUUUACAGCACCCAAUGCCAACCCACCUGCAAAUCACGGUGGCACCGUCUCCUCCCCAAACCCUAACUCUCCAGGCGGCUACCCGACUCAGACAACCAUCAAUCUCGGUCGAAAUGCUGGCAAGCUCGAUACUGCAACCCAUCCUCCACUCCCUGUCAACCAAGUGGGUGCAGCCAACCGUUCCGCACAACUCGGCGGUAUUGCUCUCGGUUUCGGCGGAGGUGUGAUUUCAGCUUUCAUCUCUCGUAAAGCCUUGAAUCUUUCCAAGAAUGCGAGCUAUCUUUCGGGUUUGCUAGCAGGAACGGGUGUAGCGUAUAUCACGGCGAGACAGCAGUUGGAGCAUAAUCUGGGCGCGGUGGAGAAUGCCGAGUUGGGAUUGAGGGGGCAACUGAAGGGAGGGGCAAAUGCUGUCGGAGGCAAUGCGAGUGCGAGUGUAAGCGAUGGAUUGAGUGCAAGUGCAACGGAGCAAGAGAUGUUGAAGUACGAUUUGCAGGCUGGGAAUGCGGGUUUUCAUGAAGGUGGUGUGGCUGGGAUGCACGAGUUUAGGGACAAGUAUGCUAGUACGAGGGGUGAUCAUUGA